GUUUACUGUGAUAUGAGUAAUGGAGGUGGCUGGACUGUAUUUCAAAGGAGAAUGGAUGGCACUGUUAACUUCUAUCUCAAAUGGGCCGACUAUGUUAAAGGAUUCGGAGACCUCAAUGGAGAGUUUUGGCUGGGACUUAAUAAUAUAUACCGGCUGACAAAAAGCAGCACUAGCCUUCGUAUUGACUUGGAAGAUUUUGAAGAGAGUAAGAGGUAUGCCACAUAUACUAGCUUUGAAGUAGGAAAUGCAGCCACGCAGUACCUACUGACUGUAUCAGGUUAUGGAGGUGAUGCUGGUGAUGGUAUGGCAUAUCACAAUGGAAUGAAGUUCACGACCUAUGAUUACGACAAUGACACUGGCACAGGAAAUUGUGGACUUAUCUGUAGUGGAGCAUGGUGGUACAAAUAUUGUCAUACCGCUAAUCUCAAUGGUUUAUAUUUAGUGGGUAGUCACACUUCAUAUGCUAAUGGUGUCAACUGGUAUCCUUUCAAGGGGUUCUACUAUUCACUGAAGACAACCGAAAUGAAAAUGAGGAGGAAUUAAUUUUUUUUCUGGAACUAUUGAUUAUUAAUUUUAAUAUUAAUAAUUCAUAAUCAUUAUGAGUAUUAGUGCUGUAGUGAGUAUUAUUAGAUUUAGAACUUUUGAGUUCAUCAUUUUGUAGUUUUUUUUCAAUUCAAAAUAUUCAAUUCUUCUUACUU